UUGGCACUCUGAUCUCAUAGCAUAAUGCUAAUGUGUAUGUUCAUAUUAUUUAUGAAGUUGCUGCUGAUUGCAGUGGUGGCAACGCAUGCUGUCUUAACUCCUGAGCUUUACUGGAAGUACAUGCUUCCCCCUGCAACUCCAAUGCCUAAAUAUGUUGCUGAUCUCCUUCACCCAACUGGUGGCGGCUCCGUCUUCCACUGUGAUGUGACAGAUUUCCAUCCUAACGUUGAAGAAUAUUUCACUGGUUAUGGUAACCAUAAGUCGACUUAUUAUCCUCAAGAAUAUUUCACUGGUUAUGGUAACCCUAAGUCGACUUAUUCGGAAGAAUCUUUCACUGGUUAUGCUAAUCAUAAGUCUGAGGCCAAACUCCCAGAUAAUCCCGACAUAACUCUCUUCUUCUUGGGAAAGGAUUUGAAGGCUGGUCACAAAAUGAACUUGAUCUUCCACAAAUCCCCCAACCAAGCCUGCUUCCUGCCUCGUGAUGUCGUCAAAUCCAUCCCCUUUUCUUCAACCGAGAUGGCUGAAAUACUGAACAAGUUUGCUGUGAAGCCUGGCUCCAUAAGUGCUGAGGUUAUGAAGAAUACAAUUAAAGAGUGUGAGGAGCCGGGGAUUAAAGGAGAGGACAAGUAUUGUGCAACAUCCUUAGAAUCCAUGCUUGAUCUCACCAUUCUGAAGCUUGGCAGAAACGUGCAAGCUUUGUCUACGGAGGUGGUCACGAAGAAGGAGGAAACAAAGAAGCAAGAAUACACAAUAACGAAUGGGGUGAAGAAGGUGGGAGAGACAAAUCUGGUGGUGUGCCACAAGAUGAACUAUGCGUAUGCUGUGUUCUACUGUCACAAAAUAGAGAAUACGGUGGCCUAUACGGUGUCGUUGGAGGGGGCUGAUGGGAGCAGAGUGAAAGCUGUGAGUGUAUGUCCCAGAGACACGUCAGCCUGGGACCCAAAACAUCUGGCCUUCCAAAUGCUGAAAGUGAAACCAGGCAGUGUUCCAAUAUGCCACUUCCUUUUUCAAGACACCAUUGCGUGGCUUCCCAAACAAAACUAACUAAACAUGCAUGGAUGAAUUUCAACGCUGUGUGUGUGUGCGCGCGCGCGCGCUGG